AGACAACCAGAGUCCAUCCAACAGUCCUUUACCAUGGGCAUAGUGAACCGAGAACUGUUCCACGACGCUGUCAUGGCUGUCUUUCCUAACCUAAUCUUCUGCUGGAAAAAGUUCUGCAGCCAGAAGGUGACGCCUGGGUUGGCUCGAAAAAAAGUAGGAAGAAAAGAAGACACCACUCUGCUCCCUGACUACCUCCACCCCUUGAACUCUGGGAGCGACUGGUAUCGCAAGGUCCAAACUACCAUGUCUGUGGCAGAAGAGUUUACCACCCUCCGCUUUACAGUGCACAGAGGGCUCAGUUUGGUCCUCCCUCAAACCAGAAUGGACCUUAAAGUGUGCAGUAGCAUCCUGAUCCCAGCAAAGACGAGGCAGUUGUCUGGCUUUGCAUCUGGCUCGCCUGAAUUCCCCUCACAGAAUGAGCCAAAUCAGGAUAGAAAACCAUUAGCUCCUCUUGCCAGGUAAGCCACCCCACAA